GCGAGAGGCUGGGAGAUGGACACCCCUCCGCUCUCAGACUCGGAGUCUGAAGAGUCCCUGGUCUCAGACCGGGAGUUGCAGGAUGCGUUUUCCCGCGGACUCCUGAAGCCUGGCCUCAACGUGGUGCUAGAGAAGCCGAAGAAGGCGGUGAAUGACGUGAAUGGCCUGAAGCAGUGUUUGGCUGAAUUCAAACGGGAUCUGGAGUGGGUUGAAAGGCUCGAUGUGACCCUGGGUCCAGUGCCGGGGGAAGUCAGCGAAACACAGUCAACACCCCAGAACAAGGACCAGAAGAAAGGUGUUAAUCCGGAAGACGACUUCCAGAGGGAAAUGAGUUUCUACCGCCAGGCGCAGGCUGCAGUGCUGGCUGUAUUGCCCCGGCUCCACCAGCUCCAGGUCCCCACAAAGCGGCCCACGGAUUAUUUUGCAGAGAUGGCCAAGUCUGAUCAGCAGAUGCAAAAGAUCCGACAGAAGCUGCAGACUAAACAGGCUGCCAUGGAAAAAUCUGAAAAGGCCAAGCAACUUCGAGCACUUAGGAAAUAUGGAAAGAAGGUGCAAACUGAGGUCCUUCAGAAGAGGCAGAAGGAGAAAGCACAUAUGAUGAACGCCAUCAAGAAGUACCAGAAAGGCUUCUCUGAUAAGCUGGAUUUCCUUGAGGGCGAUCAGAAGCCUGUGGAACGCCGCGCAAAGGCAGGAGCUAAAGGCCAGCAGAUGAAUAAAGGGCCUAACGCCAAACGAAGGUACAAAAACCAGAAGUUUGGUUUUGGUGGAAAGAAGAAAGGCUCCAAAUGGAACACUCGCGAGAGCUACGAUGAUGUCUCCUGCUUCCGAGCCAAGGUGGCUCAUGGCAAGGGCCCCAAGAGGCCUGGGAAGAAAGGGGCAAAUAAGAGACCCGGAAAACGAACAAGACAGAAAAUGAAGAGCAAAGCCCACUGAACAGCAUUGUCUUCUAUAAAGAACCAAGAAAAAGUAGGAUGUAUAGCCUACAGCACAUUCAGAGCUUUUGUCUUGCUUUUUGUAGAGAAUUAUUUUAAUA